AUGAGCCAUCGAUCGAGCAAGACCGCCAUCAAUCUAGCAGCACGAGCGCACCGACGUCAGGCUCCCGAGGUCCGCCGUCAACCGCCUACAACGCUCCAUAGCAUUCUUGAAGACGGUCAGACCGAUGAAAUAGCAAGUAGCGAAACUUGGAAUACAGGCUGA